AUGGAAGACCAGGACCCGGAAAGACCUGGACCUGGCAAGAGAUCAAGGAAAGGCCCCCAGCCCAUCCAAGCUGGGAGUGGCAUGGAAUUCUGGGUGAAAGCUGAGCCAGAGACCUGGGAUCAGGAGCCUCUGAACUCAGAAGUACAUUGCCAACACUUCCGUCUGUUCCGCUACUGUGAGGCCGAUGGGCCCCGAGAGAGGUGGAGUCUAUCCGAGAAUAUGGAAGCUGAGUUCUGUGAGACAGAAAGAGCUCCGUUGGAAGAAGGACAGCGGGACCAGGGCCAGGAACAUGGCCAAGAUUCCCUCUUAUGCGGCAGUGAAGAGACAGUGUUGAUCAAUUUUUUUUGCGAAGGUGUGGAAACAGCUGUUGUACCUCCAGUCCAGUCUCCAGUUUCCUUUAGGGAGGUGGCCAUGUAUUUCACUGGGGCAGAGUGGGCCUUGCUGGAUCCAGACCAAAAAGCUCUCUACAGGGUAGUCAUGAUGGAGAACUACGGGAGCGUGGUCUCUCUGGCAGGGGAUGAUCAGUGGAAGGUGGGUGAAAAGGAAGUGCAUAAACUCUCAACAGAUGAAGUGAAGAGUGAAGAUUUUAAAGGAAACUUCAGGAAUCACGGUAGACCUAAGAGGCAGAAAGAAUGUCACAGAGUCGAGAAGAAAGAUAAAUCCAUUUCUGGCAAAGGGAGGGAUUUCUGUGAACAAAGCCACAUAGUGGAAAAAGCAUAUAAGUGCUUGGAGUGUGAAAUGAACUUCUCAGAUCAAACCCAAUAUGAUAUCCACUUGCAAAUGCACAGUGGAAAGAAGAACCAUCAGUGCUUGGAGUGUGGCAAGAGCUUCCUUCAUAGAGCAGAACUCCUUAGGCAUCAAAGAACACACAAAGGUGACAAACCUUAUCGUGACUCAGACAGUGGCAAGAGCUUCUCACACAAAUCAGACCUUUUUGAACACAAAAUAAUUCAUUCAGGAGAGAAGCCAUUUAUCUGUCCGGAAAGUGGAAGGAUGUUCUCUUGUGGAAGAAAAGGAAAUGCACUUUUCCCAAAGUAUGGAAUAAUGGGGGCACAUAAAUGCUCUUGGUGUGGAAAGAACUUCAGAUACAGAUCAAAGCUCCUUAUACAUCAAAGGACGCACACAGGAGAGAAACCUUUUGAAUGCUCAGACUGUGGAAAGAGAUUUAGUUGCAGUGGCAAUCUUCAAAAGCAUUUAAGAACGCACACAGGGGAAAAACCUUUUGAAUGCUCAGAGUGUGGAAAGAGAUUUAGUUGCAGAGGCAAUCUUCAAAAGCAUCAAAGAACACACACAGGG